AUGUCUAAAAACUACGAGCAGCCGUCCUAUGACGACGACCACUACGCAAGUGGCCAGCAGGACGCUUAUUAUGACUACAAUAACCCAAAUGCUCAACAACAACAACAACAGCAACACUCUCAAGCUGGUUACCAGGAUCAGGACUCUCAAUAUUCAAACACUGGCUACUCCCAACAAACUCAUGGCCAGCAGUAUUAUGACGACCAGGAUCAACAGGCUGCCGCAGGCGGAUACUACAGAGAUGAGGACUACUACUACCAACAAAACCCCCAUCAACAACAGUAUGUAGAUGACAAUGGUUACGCUGACGACGCCUAUGCCGCCGGCCCAGUCGAUCCUUAUGCUACUUCCUCCCAACAGCACCAGCAGAUGCAGCAGCAAAUGCAACAAGGCCAGGGCCAAGGUCAAACCCGCUACGGCGGCUACCAGCAGCCCGGUGUCCCCUCAAAGCGUCUUGAAUCCGACGAAGGCUCCGAAACCUACUCGGACUUUUCCGGAACCCCGGCUCGCAGCACAUCCGAAAUGGGAUAUGGCGGCAAUAUGGACCCCCGCAACAAUUACCUCCCCCAGUCUGGUAUGGAGUCUCUCCAGGACAGCAACUCUGCUUAUGGCCCCGACGCAGGUUCUCGUCAAGCCUACCGCACCGCUGCUUCCUCUCAGGUAUCCUAUAACGGCGCUAGAUCCUCUGGUGCUUCUACCCCUGUCUAUGGCCUCGAGUAUCCCAAUGCUCUCCCUGCUGGCCAGCGUUCUAGAGAACCCUAUCCGGCUUGGACCUCGGAGAAUCAAAUCCCCCUCUCCAAGGAAGAAAUUGAAGACAUUUUCAUUGACCUUGCCAACAAGUUUGGCUUCCAAAGAGACUCUAUGCGUAACAUGUACGAUCACUUUAUGACGCUCCUCGACUCUAGAUCCUCCAGAAUGACUCCUAACCAAGCCCUUCUUUCUCUCCACGCUGACUACAUUGGUGGUGACAAUGCCAACUACAAGAAGUGGUACUUUGCUGCCCAGCUUGAUCUUGACGAUGAAGUCGGCUUUAGAAAUAUGUCGAUUGGCAAGACAAACAAAAAGGCCAAGAAGAAAACUAAAAAGUCUAAGAAGAAGGAGGUUGAGGAAGCCACUGAUGUUGACAAUACACAAGCCGCUUUGGAGAUUCUCGAAGGUGACAACUCUCUCGAGGCUGCUGAGUUUAGAUGGAGAAACCGCAUGAAUGUCAUGUCGCAACACGAACGUGCCCGCCAAAUUGCCCUUUACCUCUGUAUCUGGGGUGAGGCCAACCAGGUCCGUUUCACCCCAGAGUGUCUUUGUUUCAUUUUCAAGUGUGCAGAUGACUACUUCUUGUCCCCUGAGUGCCAGCAGCGCACCGAGCCCAUUGAGGAAGGUGACUACCUUAACCGUAUUAUCACCCCUCUUUACCACUAUAUCCGUGACCAAAGUUACGAAAUCCUUGACGGCAAGUUUGUCAAGCGUGAAAAAGACCACAAUAAGAUUGUUGGUUACGAUGAUAUCAACCAACUCUUUUGGUACCCUGAGGGCAUUGAGCGCAUUGUCUUGGAAGAUGGUACCCGUCUCGUUGAUGUUCCAAAUUCUCAACGCUAUGGUAAACUCGGUGAGGUUAUCUGGAAAAAGGUCUUCUUCAAGACUUACCGUGAAACCCGUUCUUGGUUUCAUUUGGCUGUCAACUUUAACCGUAUUUGGGUCAUUCACAUCACUAUGUAUUGGUUUUACAUGGCUUACAACUCCCCCACCCUUUACACUAAGAAUUACAUUCAACUUCAAAAUACACAGCCCCUUGCCCACUCUAGAUGGUGUGCAUCUGGUAUCGCUGGUAUUGUCUGUACUCUUAUCCAAAUUCUUGCUACUAUUUCUGAAUGGGCCUUUGUUCCUAGAAAGUGGGCCGGCGCUCAGCAUUUGACUCGCCGUCUUAUGUUUUUGAUUAUUAUUCUCUGUAUCAACCUUGCCCCGGCUAUUUACAUUUUUGGUUAUAUUGGUAUCCACACUAAGAGUUAUUCUGCUUACUGUGUUUCCAUUCUUCAGUUCUUCAUUGCCGUCAUUACUUUCCUCUUUUUUUCCAUCAUGCCCCUUGGUGGCCUUUUUGGAAGUUACCUCAAGUCGAAAAAUGUCCGUCAAUAUGUUGCUUCUCAGACUUUUACCGCCUCCUUUGCCCGUCUUAAGGGUAAUGAUAUGUGGAUGUCUUUUGGUCUUUGGAUUUGUGUCUUCACCGCUAAGAUGGUUGAAUCUUACUUCUUUUUGAUUCUUUCUCUUAGAGAUCCUGCCCGUGAUUUGUCCACCAUGGUUAUGACUAGAUGUACUGGUGAAGUUUGGUGGGGUGAUGUUCUUUGCCGUCAGCAAGCUCGUAUCACUUUGGCCUUUAUGUACGUUAUGGAUUUGGUUCUUUUCUUCCUCGAUACCUAUCUUUGGUACAUUAUUUGCAACACCAUUUUCUCUGUUGGCCGUUCCUUUUACCUUGGUAUUUCUAUCUUGACUCCUUGGAGAAAUAUCUUUUCUCGUCUCCCCAAGCGUAUCUACUCUAAGAUUCUUGCCACUACUGAUAUGGAAAUCAAGUACAAGCCUAAGGUUUUGAUUUCCCAGAUUUGGAACGCCAUUGUCAUUUCCAUGUACCGUGAGCACUUGCUGGCCAUUGAUCACGUUCAAAAGCUUUUGUAUCACCAAGUCCCCUCUGAGGUUGAAGGCAAGCGCACUCUCCGUGCCCCUACCUUUUUCGUUUCCCAAGACGAUAACCAAAUUGAUUCUGAGUUUUUCCCCAAGAACUCUGAAGCUGAGAGACGUAUUUCUUUCUUUGCCCAGUCUCUUUCUACUCCUAUUCCUGAACCUCUUCCUGUUGACAAUAUGCCCACCUUUACUGUUUUCGUUCCUCACUACUCUGAAAAGAUUUUGCUUUCUCUUCGUGAGAUUAUCCGUGAAGAUGACCAGUUCUCUCGUGUUACCCUCUUGGAAUAUCUCAAACAGCUUUAUCCUAUUGAAUGGGACUGCUUUGUCAAGGAUACUAAGAUUUUGGCUGAAGAAACUUCUUCUUAUGGUGGUAAUGGCUCUACAGACGGUUUGGAUAAAGAUGGCGAAGAAAAGGAUUCCAUCAAGAGUAAGAUUGAUGACUUGCCCUUUUACUGCAUUGGUUUCAAGUCUGCUGCUCCCGAGUACACUCUUCGUACCCGUAUUUGGGCCUCUCUCCGUUCCCAAACUCUGUACCGUACUGUUUCUGGCUUUAUGAACUACUCUCGUGCCAUUAAGCUUCUUUACCGUGUUGAAAACCCUGAGGUCGUCCAAAUGUUUGGUGGUAACACUGAAAAGCUUGAGCGUGAGCUUGAGCGUAUGGCCCGCAGAAAGUUCAAGUUUGUUGUUUCUAUGCAACGUCUCACCAAGUUCAAGCCUGAGGAAAUGGAAAACACUGAGUUUUUGCUCCGCGCUUACCCUGAUCUUCAAAUUGCUUACCUUGAUGAGGAACCCCCUGAGAAUGAAGGUGAAGAACCCCGUCUCUUCUCUGCUCUUAUUGAUGGUCACUGUGAGAUUAUGGAGAAUGGUCGCCGCCGUCCCAAGUUCCGUGUUCAGCUUUCUGGUAACCCUAUUCUUGGUGAUGGUAAGUCUGAUAACCAGAAUCAUGCUCUUAUCUUUUACCGUGGUGAAUACAUUCAGCUUGUUGAUGCCAAUCAGGAUAACUAUUUGGAAGAAUGUCUUAAGAUUCGUUCUGUUUUGGCUGAGUUUGAAGAGCUUAAUGUUGAGCCUACCAACCCUUACACUCCUCGUCUCCCCUCGUCUACAUCUGGUGAAUCUCACAAGGCCACUUACCCCGUUGCUAUUCUUGGUGCCCGUGAAUACAUUUUCUCUGAAAACAUUGGUAUUCUUGGUGAUGUUGCUGCCGGUAAGGAACAAACAUUCGGUACCCUCUUUUCGCGUACUCUUGCUCAGAUUGGUGGUAAGCUGCAUUAUGGUCACCCGGAUUUCCUGAAUGGUAUUUUCAUGACGACUCGUGGUGGUGUUUCCAAGGCUCAAAAGGGUCUGCACUUGAACGAAGAUAUUUAUGCUGGUAUGACUGCCCUUUGCCGUGGUGGACGCAUUAAACACUGUGAAUACUACCAAUGUGGUAAAGGUCGUGAUUUAGGUUUUGGCUCCAUUCUUAACUUUACAACAAAGAUUGGUACUGGUAUGGGUGAACAGAUUUUGUCUCGUGAAUACUAUUACCUUGGUACUCAGCUCCCCCUGGAUCGUUUCCUUUCCUUCUUUUACGCUCACCCUGGUUUCCACAUUAAUAACUUGUUUAUUAUUGUUUCUGUCCAGUUCUUUAUGCUUACUCUGCUCAAUAUUGGUGCUCUUGCUAAUCAGUCCAUCAUCUGUAUUUACGACCGCAAUAAGCCUAUUUCUGAUCCUCAUGUCCCCACUGGCUGCUACAAUCUCCAGCCUACUCUUGACUGGGUCAAGAGAUGUAUUCUUUCCAUCUUUAUUGUCUUUUUCAUUGCCUUUAUCCCUCUUGUUGUCCAGGAAUUGAUUGAGCGUGGUUUGUGGCGCGCUAUGGUUCGUUUUGCUCGUCACUUUGCCUCUCUCUCGCCCUUCUUUGAAGUGUUUGUGUGUCAGAUUUAUGCUCACUCUUUGCUUAUGGAUUUGGCCUUUGGUGGUGCCCGUUAUAUCUCCACUGGUAGAGGUCUUGCUACUGCUCGUAUCCCCUUUUCCGUUUUGUAUUCGAGAUUUGCUGGUGAUUCUAUUUAUUUAGGUGGUAGAGCGUUCUUUAUGUUGUUGUUUGCUACUAUUUCAAUGUGGCAACCUGCUCUUCUUUGGUUCUACAUUACACUUUCUGCUAUGUGUAUCUCUCCCUUCCUUUACAAUCCUCACCAGUUUUCUUGGACCGAUUUCUUUAUCGACUAUAGAGACUACAUUCGCUGGCUUUCCCGUGGUAACAAUAAGUGGCACCGCAAUUCUUGGAUUGGUUAUGUUAGAUUGACUAGAAGCAGAAUUACUGGUUUCAAGCGACGUGUGACUGGUGAUCCUUCUGAAAAGGCUGCUGGUGAUGUUCCUAGAACCCCCUUCUUUAACUUGUUCUUUACUGAGUUUUUGAUUCCUGCUGUUACUGCUGGUGCCGCUUUUGUCCCUUACACAUUUAUCAAUGCCCAGAAUGGUAUCACUGAUGCCAAGCCUGUCAACUCUGUAUUGCGUAUUGUUAUUUGCACUCUUGCUCCUAUUGUCAUUAACGCUGGUGCUCUCAUGGUUCUUGUCUUUAUCUCGUGCUGUGCUGGUCCUCUUCUUGGCAUGUGCUGCAAUAACACCUCUGCGGUUAUGGCUGGUAUUGCUCACGGUAUCUCUGUCAUUAUCUACGUUGUCUUCUUUGUUAUUAUGUGGCUUCUUCAGAGUUUUGUUUGGACUCCUGCUCUUUUGGGUAUGAUUACUUGCAUUGCUUGCCAGCGUCUUAUCCUUAAGGUUAUGAUUGCUACUAUGCUUACCCGUGAGUUUAAGAAUGACAAUUCCAACCGUGCUUGGUGGUCUGGUAAAUGGUAUGGAGCUAAGCUUGGUUGGAUGACUAUGACUCAACCUUUCCGUGAGUUUGUUUGCAAGAUUUCCGAGUCUGUUUACUUUGCUGCUGAUUUCAUUCUCGGACACUGCUUGCUCUUUUUGCAGUUGCCCAUGCUUAUUUUCCCCAUGAUUGACAGAUGGCACUCGAUGCUUCUCUUUUGGCUGAGACCUUCUCGCCAGAUCCGACCUCCCAUUUUCUCUCUUAAGCAGACCAAGCUUCGUAAGAGAAUGGUUAAGAAGUAUGCUACUCUUUACUUUGGUAUUCUUCUUAUUUUCCUUAUUGUGUGCAUUGCUCCUUCGGUUGCCGGCAAGAAUCUCAACACCUCAACCAUUUCAGACAAUCUUCCUCAGUUUGCCGAUGGUCUUUUCCAGCCUAGAUGGAGACUUGGUGUUGAUAACAAUGAUACUGGUGCUAGGGCUCCUUCCACAAUUCUCACCACCACUCCUCCUCUUACCAACUACAGCACCAAGCCUUGA